AUGGCCCCAGCUGGAGCGAGGGCCCAGAAGCCUGUGGGCUCUGCGGCAUGGAUUUCGACCGAGAAAGAGAACUUUAUGCAGCUUGUCGAUCAGGAGAUGGAGGAGAUUGAGUAUCCUGUGCGCCAUGAAAUGGAUUGGUUGAACGAGCACAUGGCAGAAGUGUUCUCCAGCGGUCAACUCAAUCUUACAGAAGUAUUCAAGACCCCCGGAAAGCUUCGAGGUAAGACGCCGCGAACAGCGCGGAAGCGGAAUAUAAACGAAAACAGAAUUCCUUUGAGCGAAAUCUUCACUUCGGCGCAUAAUCUAGAAGACCGCAGUCGCAACACCAGCCCCGCCCGUUCGCCCAUCAAGCCGACCGCGGUUCUGAAUGCGCCUUCUCCGUUGGAGGCAAAAGCCUCUCCAGUAAAAGCCAGGGAUCCGACCCAGAAAACAAUCGAGCAGACAGCCGAGGAUACUGUCGAAAAUACUGUCGAGAAUGCGUCGCGCCCCCAUUACCCUGACCUGGCACAGAAUCUCAAUUCAUUCCCCCAAUACAACACGGACUCGGGGUACCAUGGCAUGCCGGAAGAUGAAGAAGAGGAUCAGGAUGACGAUGUUGUCCUGACUCAGGUACAGACCGAGACUCAAACAUCCACACAGCCUCUUGGGGAUGAGCCCGUGCCCAUCGAAAGUCAACUCGAAAGUCAACCUCAGCGUCAGUCCACUGACCGUCGGACAACGGCGGCUUCGUUCCACUCGGCCCAUGAAGACGUUCGUCUACGUGGAGAAACGGUCGAACCUGUAGGAUCUACAGAGACAGACGAGCUGCGAGACAACAAUAAUGCGACUCCGAAGCAGGAAAAAGCCCCUUCGCCGAUGCCCGAACCAGAUGAGAAGGAACCAGAAGUGGUUGUACCUCCAGAACCUGCAUCGGAGGAAGAAGCUGAGCCGCAACCGGAGCCCCAACCUGAGACGCGAUCGGCACCUGCGAAACCUUCGGCAAUUGAACAACCCGCACCAACGGUGGAAGAAGAACACAACGAACAAGAUGAUACGCCUCUAGACAACAUCGAUGACAUCGGCUCUCCCUCAGACAACUCCACUCCGGAGCGACCUCCUAUUCGCAAGAGCAGUCUAUCUUUUGCAUCUCUCCCCGCACGGGAACCAUUGUUAAAAAAGAGUCUGGGAGGCUCAAGAAUCUCCCGCACGAGCCAUAUCGAUAUCGCAAAGUUGAACGCUGGAGGUUCCGGUUUCUUAGGGCAGCAGACUGGGGGUCAUAAAACUCCAGCCUUGGACGAAAACCAAGCACACGAUGGCAACAUGGACACCGAUGAGGACAAGGAGGUCGUGCAUCCGCAAGAGGAAGAAGAGACAGAUGCAGACACCAGGGCCAGCAAGUCACAUACCAAGUCUUCCACCCAGAGGCUCCACGAGAAGAUCAGUAUGCUGGGCAAACUUCAGCCUUCGCGGACAACAAAAUCUAUCCCCUCUGUGCCGGGCUUAACCACUGCCCAGGUGACCUAUCCCGAGCUCCCAGCAACCCAUACAAAGGCGGAAACGCGUAAUCAAGAUCCACGUGAACCGGCUCCGGAGCCGAUGGCAGUUGACGAGGACGAAUGGAUCAAGCCGAUUGAUUCGCCGCUGAAAGCAACUGUGCCCAAAACUAACACUGCCGGCACCAAGGAGAAAGACUCGAUUAAUGAGACAGGUCGCAUCUAUGGCGGAGAGAGGAGUUCUGCCCCACGAACUCAUGUCAGGAAAGAUAGUGAUGCCCCACGACCCGGAGCCAAAAGUGCGACAGGGUCGCUCCGUGAGAAGUCCUCGACGCCUGCAUACUCUUCGCCGCAGCGUUUUGGGCAUCAAAAGAGCGCAUCAGUGUCCAACACAGCCUAUUACGGUUCCACAACCCCUGUGGGCUCUCCCAUCGCUGAUCGCCACGAUGGACCUCUAAGUGCCUCGAAGUCGAAACUUCAAUCCAUCAUGAGAUCGGCGAAAGGUCUAUUUACGAACACCGGCAGUGUUGCCGCCGCUGCGAGACAAGAGGCGUCCUCUCCCGAUGAACUGGGACUACAUUCGUACCAUCGUCCGACCUCUAGUGCUGCUCGCGAAAGCCCCAUCCGUCGGCCAGUGCGGGUUUCCAGUCCGCCACGACAGGAGGUGCGCAGAACACGCAGCUCAACGGAGCGCGAGGAGAAGCGCAGGCAGAAGGAGGUCGAGGAUCGGAGGCGAGAGGAGGAGGAGGCUGAAAGAGCCCGGGAAGAGGAGCGCCACAGAGCUCUUCAGCUGAAGGUGGCUCAAGAACGGGCGAGACUGGAAGAAGAGGAGCGUGAGGCGGCGGCGGCGGCCGCCGCUGCCGCUGCCGCUGCCGCCGCCGCCAGCCCGAAAAGGGCACCCAUGCUGCAGAGGCAUCAAUCGAGGGAGCCGGAACCUAGUCAUGAACCAGUGUCUCGAGCCCCCAGCCGGAUGUCUGUAUCGCAGCAGCAAUCAAAGCAACCUGACCGUCGCCCUAUCAAGCCAACCCGCGAACUUCUGCAGAAGCCUAAACCUCAACCUGUGUCAAUACGCGUGGGCAGCGCUUUGUCCCGCCAGAUCCCCUUGGCAUCGGCUUCGGUAGCUUCGAGCGGGCCAGAGCCCAGUGCUUCCAUCGCCCCACCCGCCUCGGCCUCGAAAGCUCCCACUCUCAAGAAAAAGGCGAGCAACUCUUCCCUGCACACUGCUUCUUCCAACAGCAGCUUUAAGAGUUCGAUCUCCAGCCAGUCGCAGCGCAAGGUUCAGCUCGCGAGUGACCGAAAGAGGGAACAGGAGGAGCGGGAGGCACGCCGUAGGGAAGAGCAGAGACGUGAGAUGGAACGCAAGCGAGCUGCGCAGCAGCAAGAAGAGGCUCGUCGGCAAGAGAUGCGCAGUCGAGCGGAGGUCGAGCGCCGGGAGCGACUCGCUGCGGAGGAUCCCAAGAAGGCUGCUCAGAUGCAGGCGAUUGAGAAGCGCAGGCAAGAAAAUGCACGUAGACUUGAGAGACAGGGCAGUCAGCAGCCUUCUACGGAGCGGGCCUCGAUCCUUCAACCCGAACGACCACUUUCGCAAGCCGCCAGGCCGGCGUCCAGACUCGGCUCCAUUCAACCUUUCAAUCGGAGUAUUCACCCUCCUCAACCGAAUCCGGCCAAGCCACCAAAGAGGGGUCUGGAUGAAGAGACUGGUUAUCGUCCUGCAGCAAUGAAGUCCAGUACGGUUCAGCCAUCUGGGGAAUCCAAGCGCAGAAAGACAGAAGAUGAGCACAACCCCCCUAUGUCUUCCAUCCGGCCCACGAUGGCGCCACCGAUCAGACAGUCGGGCAUUCGCAAGGAAUCCAUGAAGCCUUCCAUCUUCAGCCAUGCACAACCUUCUACGCACCAGCCUAGCUCAUCGAUCUUCAAGACCGCUCAGCCGCAGCGACCUGCCCACCCUAUGGAUAUGGCCAAGUAUGCGAGCGGCAAGAUUCCAUUCGCCGAGCCAUCGAAAACUCCCGGUGCCAGCUCAUCUAAGAAGACACCAGCGAAGCCAUCCCCUAACUAUCCCAACGGGGAGAACAUCCAUCUUCCUGAAAUUGCUACCGACAGUGAAGAUGAGGAUUCUGACGCGGAGAUGCUUCCAGUUCCCAAGUGGGCCCAGCCCAAGGAGCUCGAGAGCAUUCUCCGACAUCAGGAAGGCCUGGAGGCCGACUCGAUCUUUGGCCCGGUCGCUCCGUUCUCGUUGGAGGAGACCUUCAAGGCAGACAAGAAGAUCAAGAAAUUCCGCGAGCGUACCAGCAGCGCCAACUGGUCUGGUGCUGAUGGACUGACACAGGAUGAAAUCCGCAGGGAUCUUGCCGAGCGUCAGCGACUGCGACUCAACGGCGGUUGGACCUUUGGAGCAUGA